CCCUUUGAUGGGCCUCCUGCCCGAGCCGGGCUCCUACAUCCCGUCCAAUUGCACGUCGUGCAUCCAGCGCGAGGAGUUGCGCCGCCGCAACUUGGAAGUCAUCAAGGAUCAGAUCCUGAGCAAACUGGGCAUGCAGCGGGCGCCCAACAUGACGGGCCGUCUUCCGCCGCGCAUCCCGCCGCUGGAUCACCUCCUGGAUCUCUACGGGAUGCAGGGCGAUGCCCCGCCGGCGGGUGGUCACGGCCGUGGCAGCGGCGGCCACCACAACGGCGGCCACCACCACCACCAGCAGAGCGACCAGGCCUUUCAAACGGGACCCGUUUACGACGAGGAGGAAGACGAUUUUCACGCCCGCACCGAAAAGGUCAUCGCCUUCUCCCAGCACCUGCCGCACGUGAGACAGGCCCUGAAGCGGACCGAGUCGACAACUACCAAAGGCAUGGAGUCGAUUUACUUUAAAUUCUCCGACAAGGUGACGCGCAGCAGCAAAGUCGACAAAGCCCACCUGUGGCUCUACAUUCAGAAUCAGUUGCCCGGCACGUCGCCAUCGUCGCAGCCCAUCGUCCAGUCACCCGGCAGCAGCAACAGCCAUCACCACCAACAGGCCCAGGUCAUCAGCAAAACGGCCAGCGCAGCCAAUAACGCCAGCACCGUCUGGAUUUACAUUUACAAAGUUGUCCGCGUUCCCGACGGUGAGUCGCCCGUCCUCAAUCCCGUCCGCAUGACCCGCGUCGCUUUACCGCCGCUCCUGGAACUCGUCGACAAGGUACCCGCCUCCGGCAAACACAACAACAACAACAACCAACAACAGCAGAGCGGCGGAUGGGUCUCGUUCGAGGUCCGCAAAGUCGUAGCCGAUUGGUUCCGGUGGCCGGAAGACAAUCUGGGCUUGGUCGUCCACGCCGUCCAUGGCGACCACGGACCUCCGCCGUCCUUUACCGUCGGUGGCCCGUCCACUCCGCCGCCGCAACCGUCGCCUUCCAGCGCUGGCAAGCCCGUCCCGUUUAUCGUCAACGAUCACCUCCACGCUGACGGAGCCCUGAUGCCGUUUGUGGAGGUGGUGACGACAGACGGGCGUAAGCAGCGGACCAAACGGACGAUCGGAUUGAACUGCGACGAGACGUCGUCGGAGACGCGCUGCUGCCGCUACCCGUUGACGGUUGACUUUGUCGAGUUCGGCUGGGACUGGAUCAUCGCCCCCAAAAAGUACGAGGCCAAUUAUUGCUCGGGCGAGUGUCCCUACGUCUUUUUGCAAAAGUAUCCGCACACGCACAUCGUGCAACAAGCCAAUCCGGCGGGCACGGCCGGCCCGUGCUGCGCCCCACGCAAAAUGUCGCCCAUCUCCAUGCUCUACUUUGACAACGAGUUUAACAUCAUUCACGGCAAUUUGCCCGGCAUGGUCGUCGAUCGAUGCGGCUGCUCUUAAAAAAGAGAAAUAGCUCCAGCUUCCGGCCGUCCGUCCAGCCAGCCGGAAAAUAAAUAAAAAGGUAGAAGGAAGGACUUGUUUCAUUUGAACGAAAUGAUUGACUGUUACGUCCUUCCAGCCAUCAAGGAUGAAUUUAUAGGAGCGCAGUUGAGUUUAUUAUAUCUAAUAUCUAUUUCCACGACACACUCUUCUUCUUCUUCUUCUUUAUUUUUCAAUUCCCCCCUCAAAUUCAAUCCAGAUUUUGUGUACAUAGCAACCGAACCUGUUUUAUCCCUCUGUUUCGCCGGCAAUGACGUGACCCGUUAAACUUUCUUUUUUCAAAAAAUGCAACACCCGAAAAUGUUGUGAGUUGUCAGUGCAGCAGCAUUUUCUAUUUUGAUUCUUUUUCCUGAUUUUGUCGUCGUCCCGAACAACACACGCAAGUCGUCGACACCUCUCGCCCGCGACACCUUCCCCAAUUGGAAAUGAUUUCCCCCCUCUCAUUUCUAUUUUAAGUUUUUCUCUAUCAUCUCUCCCCCCAGCAGCCGAGAGAAAAGAAAAGAAAAGAAGAGGAACUGGUUCUGCGCUGGUCGAAAUAUAUUAAUAAGAAUAAAAAUCAGAAUAUCAACUCGUCAAUCAAAGCCACACACAAUUUGAGACCAAAAAAAUCACGACAACAAACCAGAAGAGAAAACCAGUUGGAUAUUUUGGAACCCAAAAAGAAGAAGAACGGUAUACGUUUUGGUUGUUUUCGACACACGAGAAUGGGAGCCCGUCAGCAGCAGCAGGAGCGACGAAUAAGGAAAUGAUAAUGAAUUGACGAUGGGCAUCUCUCCAGUCCACAGUUAAAGAAGAAGAACAAGUCCGGGGGAGGAAUAACCUCGCCUUCUUCUUCUUGUCCAGCAACUGACAAUUUGAAAUUCGAAUUUCGCCCAGCGCAGCUUCAGGCAAGGACGUCUGCAUAAAUUUUCCUUUUGUAUAAUUCCAGCUCCUCUAUCCAUCCAUCUAUCUACCCAUCUAUCGCUAUAAAUAAUAUCUACCAACAACACUGUUGCUGCUACUGCUGCUCGUAUUUGUCUAUACACUUAUUAUUCUUCUUGUAGAAAUAAUUUCACCAGCACGUCGUUAUAUUGCCAUCAGAUCGCCGCCGACCAUCAUCAUCAUGUCCAAUCUUUCCUUUUUACUUUUCUUUUAUUUCUUCUUGGAAACAAUUAUCGAUCAAUUUCGUCUUGGCUUAUUGUGACUUUAUUGAUUGUCCACACGUGCGUGUCCGUUGCUUCACUUUUAUUUUUGCGCUGCCAAAUUAUUUCCUGCUCACCCCCAACUCGAAAUUGAUUGGGGACUGGGGGUGAAUGAGAAAAAACCGCCAAUUUUUGCGCUUUCAAAUUCGUUUUUUCGUCUUUUGUGGUGUUGUUGUUGUUGUUGUUGUUGUUGUGUUUCCGGGUUGACAUAAUGCGGAUGUGAUAACAAGACUGUGACAUAUGUUCAUCUCUUGUGUGUGUGUGUGUGUGUGUGUGAUGUAGUCGAAGAGAAAGUGAUGUGGAGAAGAGAUGAUGAGAGAAAAGAACCAAGUUUGUGUAUGCAGUUGUGCACCACCUGCGCGUCUUUUGAUCGAGCGACGUCAUCGAUCACCGUUUUGUUCAUCAUCGUUACAUCAUCAUCGUCAGCUAAUAAUAAUAUGCAAACAAAAGAAGAAGAAGAAAGAGAAGAAUGUUUGACACGAUGAGGGAAAGAGACGCGCACAUCCUUGUUUGACUGCAUUGUGAUACCCAGUUGAUUUUGAUUAUUCGCCCAUUUUUCGUGCUAUUCUUUUUUGGAAUUAUAUUGACGUAUAACACACGUACUACACUCUAUUCUAGAGCGUUUAUAAAUAGAUAUUCAUUCAAGUGCGUAUUGUAGAGCCACCAGCACCUUCAUCUUUCUUUUUCCCCCAACCCGAUAUAAUCUGUUUGUUCGCAAUGACAUAAUGUACAGUCCGCCCCCACAUUCGUUUGCCUCUUCUUCUUUUCAGCCCGUUUUCAUUCAUUUACUACACAUAUUUUUUUGCCGGCAGACUCUUAUCUUAUCCGUUAGUGUUUUUAAUUGUGUGUGCCAAUGCCAUUGAAUUGCCAACUAUUUGAUUGCCAACGACGAGCAAACCAAAUGACGAUGACGACGAUGAAAAAUAGUAAAACACCUUUUUUUUAAUUUUGCGCGCGCGCAGAUGAUAAUAAUGGGGAAAUGAUGAAAUUCCGAGUCGCUUUGAUUGUUGUUGUCCUGUCAGUGCAUUUAUUUACUCUGUCAAAAAAACAACUUGAAAUGAUGGAAAAACAAAAAGAAAUAAUAAAGAAAUGACAAA